GAGGAAACGCGUGGUUCGCGUUCUACAGCCCCCGCCCCGCCCCCUCCUCUUUCUGUUCCGCUGUCUCGCAUUCGCUUCGGCAUCGGCAUGUGUCUUCAGAAGCAGCCACCUUUCAAAGCGCUCCUGUAGCCUUCGCCUAUGUGCGCUCUGCGACUUGAAACUGACUUGAAUGAAGAGGCGAGGAGCGCCGGCUGGCUUGGAGAUCACACGAAAAAGUUGAUAAUCGACUAAAUCAUUCUGGAAUAUUCCCGUCUUGGUGAAAGUUGUGCUGCUCCUUCAUUCAAUUAAAUAUAAUGAUCAUGUUUUGUUACAUUAUUAGACCAUAACUUUAACUGACCAAUGUGCCAAUCUGCAAAUGGUGCGCUUGGGUAAGUAAGUCUCCUGCUGUUAACAAAGGGUCGGAUAAGUGAGAUUCUCGGACCUCGCCAAGUGCCCAACACCACCGAGGUCAUGGCAGCGCUAAGAAGGAAAUUCGGGGAGGACUACCAGUUCGUGAACACGAGCCGGGGAACCACUUUCUCUGCUCCGGUCAAGAAGAAGCGUCAGCGUUUCGUGGAGAAGAACGGCCGUUGUAACGUCCAGCACGGAAAUCUCGGUGGAGAAACUAGCAGGUAUCUAUCAGACCUAUUCACCACACUAGUGGACCUGAAGUGGCGAUGGAACCUGCUUAUUUUCAUUCUAACUUACACAAUAGCUUGGUUAGUUAUGGCAUCAAUGUGGUGGAUCAUUGCUUAUAUCAGAGGGGACCUGAACCAUGGCCACGACCCAACUUAUGUUGCCUGUGUUGCCAAUGUGUACAACUUCCCCUCGGCUUUCCUCUUUUUUAUCGAGACCGAGGCGACCAUCGGUUAUGGCUACCGCUACAUUACGGAAAAGUGUCCCGAGGGCAUCAUCCUGUUCCUCUUCCAGUCGCUUCUAGGCUCCAUCGUGGAUGCGUUCCUCAUCGGCUGCAUGUUCAUCAAGAUGUCCCAACCUAAAAAGCGAGCUGAGACGCUUAUGUUCAGCCAGGACUCAGUGAUCUCACAGCGCGACGGAAAACUCUGCCUCAUGUUCCGGGUGGGAAACCUCCGGAACAGCCAUAUGGUGUCUGCUCAGAUCAGGUGUAAACUCAUAAAGUCUCGUCAGACCCCCGAGGGCGAGUUCUUACCGCUGGAUCAGUGUGAGCUGGAUGUGGGCUUCGGCACAGGCGCCGACCAGCUCUUCCUGGUCUCGCCGCUCACCAUCUGCCACGAGAUCAAUCCCAAGAGCCCCUUCUUCGAGCUGUCGCAGCGCUCGCUCAUGAAUGAACAGUUUGAGAUCGUGGUCAUCCUGGAGGGCAUCGUGGAGACCACAGGUAUGACAUGCCAGGCUCGGACAUCCUACACGGAGGACGAGGUGCUGUGGGGUCACCGCUUCCUGCCAGUCAUGUCCCUGGAGGAGGGCUUCUUCCGGGUCGACUACUCGCAGUUCCACAGCACCUUUGAGGUCAACACACCCGUAUAUAGUGUCAAGGAGUUUGAGGAGAAGUCUUCACUCCCGUCGCCGACGGCAACGCCUCACCGCGACCGCGUCUUCUCCGUGGACUGCAUGGAGGCGAUGGAGGAACGCAAGUGUCGGGGAGGAGGCCCGGGAGGAGGUGGAGGAGGAGGAGGGUCGGCGUCAGCCCGGCUUCCUAGCAAGCUGCAGCGGAUGAGCUCCUCGGGGAAGGAGGACCUCCAGAGGAAGGUGCUGCUGCUCAGCUCGCAGCCCGCCGAGAGGGCCUGCAGCACGGGCGACCUGCCGCUCAAGCUCCAGCGCAUGAGCUCGUCGCCGGGCCAGGACGACGGCGGCGGCGAGGGGCGGCUGCAGCUCAAGUCGCUCAAGGUGGCCUUCGAGCCCGUCAUGACCCAGUCCACGGGCGACCUCCACCAACGCAGCCUGCUCCACACGCACACACACACCCACGCGCCCCUCCACACGCCCGUCAGAACUCCCACGCCGGGGCGCCCCGAGGACAACCUGCCCGCAAAACUGCGCCGCAUGAACGCCGACCGCUAACCUUGAGCCCCGGGGUGAAAGGUCACACAACUGAACUACUUACUGACCCAAAACAGAUUUUUGAAAGGAUGUAUACAUAUAUUAUAAUUAAUGGACAAUAUGAGUGGACUGAUGAAGGAAGCAUGAUUGGAAUUGGGGGGAUCUUUUACCGAUUUAGUUGUUUUACCGAUUUAGUGUCUAUCUUAAUUUUGAAAAAGAUGAGAAAAUGGAAAACAACUCUUAACUGGAUUUACUGUGAUUUCAUUGAAGCCUUGUCUGUUAGUGACACAGUAGACACCGGCACUUCUGUGUCUUGCACAUAUGCACAUAUGUUUCAGCGUCUGUGCUUGUAUACAUAUAUUCCAACCACAUGCAGUCAAACAGCCCCCAUUGCAUCUUGUUUUAAGCAGUUUUAAAUUAAUAAAUUAUAUUUAAGAUGACAGCAAA